AUGACAAAUCCCAAACUACGGCAUGAUACCGGUGAAAAGGAGAAUGCAGGCAAGACAAGCUUGGACCAAGAAUGGAUAUUUCCGCAGUCCACUCAUGUCAAUCCCGGGGUUGAGUGUUAUAAGCACAAUUCAAGUGGGAACUUCGAUAACUGGCAACCGACACCGAAGAAUAUGAUUAAUGAGUAUCCAACAGACAAUGACUAUUGUUCGAUUUCCGAGACAAUAGCAUGUCCACAGUCCUUCCUCGAGAGUGAAAAUUCUUGCUACUCUCCUACUCUAUCUCAAGUUAUUAACGCAAUCGAACAUGAAGAAUAUCAUGCGGACGGGACCCAAGCUCAGAUUGGGUGCCGUGAUGAUCUUGAUACACAAGUGCUUCAUCGUGCGUUUGAUGCGAUUGUGCUGUCUGAAGAAGGGCCCAUGUGCAAGGUGCGGGACUAUGGAAUGGAAGCUUCAUUCGGGACCACGAGCAAUGAGAAACCUUUCUUAUCUCAAUACAUCUCCCAAAUUCGAGCACCAUGGACUGGAGCGUCUGCGCCUUAUGCUUUUGGAACGGCAGGAGGAAUGGCGGGCAAACAUCUCAUGUGUGGUAUGACCGACCACCUGUUGGGUUCUCAUGCCACGCAGGACUAUGGCACAUGCCCUGAGUUCAUUGGUUUGCCCAGAGACUUUUGGCGGCAGAACAGGCUUUAUUAA